CCCCAAAACCCCAAAAAUUAUAUAAAAAAUGAAAAACCUACCUCUCUCCUCUCAUCACCUCCACCACAGACCAAUCCCCCGUACCUCCACUCUCCACUUCCCCUCCAACCCUUCCCAGUCCCUCCCAUCCAAACUCUCCCCCAAAUCCCCUUCCCAGGUCAAGGAUAUGAGAAGAGCGACGGUGUUUAAUGUUGGGAUUCCUACGGUGAUAAUGAAACGUGAGAUGUUGGAGAAGAAAUUGAGAAAGCAGAGAAGAUGUUCUAUCAAGAAAUAAACGGCUUGAGACAAACUUUGGCAAGCUUAAGAAAGGAGUGAAUGUGAUCAUUAAGAACACCAAGGAAUAUAACACAAAUAUUUUUAAAUCGAUGAAAAACCCAAUUUCUCAGCUAAAGAUGACCAGUAAAUCCCAGAUCAGGACAAGUCCAAUGCAGUCCAUCCAAGCGAGCAGGAAGAGCUCAUAUCAUUCCAGUAGUGCCAAAAGGUCAAAUAUUUCUAAAAACCCUUGGGAAUCUUUGAAAUAACAGAUAUGCGAAGAAAGCAAAGCGGAAGAUGCCCUUGGGAGGCCAUAAAAGUAAAUUACAGAUGAAAAUGCAAUACUUUAUGCACCCUUACCACACUGAUGUCCUUGUUGAGAAGAAGGGAAUGGAUUUUACGGAUGGGCAAUCAAACUGGAUGCCUGUUGCUAAUUUUAUCCUUAGUGAUAAAAAUUCAAUGUUCAAAGAAACGAUUUAUAACUUUAUGUACCCAGAUGUGAGGGACAGGAUCCUCAAAUUGAGCAAGAGGAGGCAAGCUAAUUCUAUUCGUGCUUCAAGUCCUGGAGAACUUAGCCAUCAUUCUGUAACUUCUGGGCAAGAAAAGUUUCUACAGACGGUUAAAAGAGCUAUAAAAAUGGGCAAAAAUAAUGAAAGAGAUAAAGCUAGGAUAAGUCCAUUAGAAAGGAAGUAUAGCUCCCAGAAACAAAAUUUUGAUAUCAUUGAAGAUGAAGAGCCGGGAUUUCUUGCAAACAAGAAUUUUCAAAAACUGAACUCGAAACUCUCAAGUUUUGGUAAGAAGGGCGAGCAACGAAAAUUAUGUAUUUCCUCAGACUCCCAGUCGUUAACAGGUUCAUUAAAAGCUAGUGACCCUAGCAAGCAAAAUUCAAUCGAGGUCCAUAUUAAAAAUGCUGAAGAAAUGAAAAUGGUAAACAGAAGAAAUAGAGCCAAAUUUUGGAAUAAUGAUGUUAUCUUAGAAGUGGGAAGGCUAGAAACCAAAGGAACUAUGAAAGACUCUCCUAAUAGAAGCACUUCCCCUCAUAGAGACCCUCACAAGGAUUUACUAGGAUCUUUCUUCAACAUAGAUAAGCUCAAGAAAGGAAGGAAUACCAGUCUUGAAACUCGAAGGAACAUUUCGAUUUACAACAAUCAUUGAAAGAAAAAGGAAAGGAUCCAAGGACUCAUUAGGAACAAAGACACUCAAGGCAUGAAGGAGUACCUGUCCAAUACAUCUUCUCCUCUAGAUUUGCUGGGGAUCUACAAGCACUUGGAAGUUCCAAAAUUUAACUAUAGUAGGAGAAGAGAUCUCUUCUGAAAUAGAUCAAUUUCUUAGUAAAAUUUCAAUUUUUUAAA